AGUACCUUCGCGUGUAUGGAGUAUCACUUCUAGAGGCAAGCAGGCAGGCAGCAAUCAGCCAGCCACCAGUUAGUCAGAGCAUUCUUGAUGUUCAUGCACAUAAAGGUUUUUGAGGCAGUGCGUGUUGUUGUUAUUGUCGUGCUACACCAACUGUGCGCCAGGCUGCGUGUGUGUGCCGAAGGAGUCAAGCCAACCACUGUGCACCCCGCAUUCGCACAGCGUCGACUACGACGACAACACACACGACACGAUACCACUCGGAACGGUACGGUCGGCCGCACGCUUGUGACUGUAUGCAGUGGCAUAGGUAAUUCCCAAUUGUACAGAUCGCUAACGGAAACGAACGCAAAAGCAGUUAGAAAAAUUUCGUGCGCUCCGCUAAUAGACGGAUCAACGGCUGUACAGAGCGCUGUUUAGACGGUACCGCGGUCGCGAAAAAUAUUUGAACAAAGUGAAAAUUGUUUUGAAAAUUUUCGAAAUAUUUAGCAAAUGUGAAUAGUCGUCAAAGAGUGCGCGGAAAUUAUUAUUUUCGCAAUUUUUGAAAAAAAAAACCAAUGAAAUGCGACGGCAAACGAACGCAGUGAUUUAAUUAAAGCAAACAGUUUUGUGAAGAUAUUGACGCACUAAAGAAAAUUUUAAAUACUAAAACAGAAUGUUAAACAUUUUCGAAUGUGUUUUUGAAAGAGCUUAUGUGUUUAUAAAAAAUGUGCUCCGUGACACCUUAAAAAAAUUGAGUCUGCGGAAUUACCAAAUAGAGAACUAAGGCAGUUUGCGCAAACAUACAAAUAGUUUGAGAGCCACUGCUAACAACUUACCAUUGACCUACUGCCGUUAUCUACUCCGAUCGACGCGUAAAUUCGAACACCCAUACAACCACACCCCCUCUCUAUCCCCCAAAGCAGCCUUCAAAAUGAUGAUGAACGCCUUCAUUGACCCUUCACCCUCGCAGCACCACCUGGCCACCUAUGGACUGCGUAUGUCACCUACCACACCCACCAAUCAGUCGGACUUGCUGGGCAGCAGCGCGCAACAGCAGCACGCACAGCAACAGCAGCAGCAGGUGCAACAGCAGCAACAACAGCAAGCGCAGCAACAGCAACAAGCCCAACAGCAACAGGCGCAACAACUGGACACUAGCGGUCUGAUGUCCUCAGCCAUGUCGCUGGGCGCUAGCGUCAGUGACAUGUCCUCAUCCGUAGGCGCCUCCGCCGCCAGCGCUGCUGCCUACCAGAAUAGCGGCUACAGCCACUUCAACACACAACUCGGCUCGGCGUAUUCAUCACCACGCGAUUUUUUGCUUGGCCGUCGCACGGACAACGACUACAUGUCCGGCGCUACCACAUCACAGCUGGUCGGCCAAAGCGCCGCUACUACAGCCGCCACCGCUGCCGAUUCUAUGCUAUUUCCCUCCUUUCCCGCCACACACGCCCAACAUCCCGAUCUGACAACGUCCUUCGGCAAUCACCCCUUUCAUGCGGCGGCCCAUCACCAUGCGGCUGCAGCGCAUCAUCAUCAGCAUCAGAUGCGCAUAGGCAUGGCGGACUACGCGCACCCGUAUGCACAUCAUGCGGCGCAACACCACACCAACUUCCCGUCGGUGCAUCAUCAUCAGCAUCCCGCCAUGUCCAUGCAUCCGGCGGGCGCGGGCGCUUUUCUGCGCUACAUGCGCCACCAACCGUCGGCGGCGUCGGCCAUCAAGCAAGAGAUGCAAUGCCUUUGGGUGGAUCCCGAUCAGCCGGGCGGCCCGAAUGGACGCAAAAGUUGCAACAAAAUCUUCCACACUAUGCACGACAUCGUCACCCAUUUGACAGUGGAGCACGUCGGCGGACCGGAGUGCACCACACACGCCUGCUUCUGGAUUGGCUGCUCGCGCAACGGUCGGCCAUUCAAGGCCAAAUACAAGCUGGUAAAUCACAUACGCGUACACACGGGCGAAAAGCCGUUCGCUUGCCCGCAUCCCGGCUGCGGUAAGGUGUUUGCGCGCAGCGAGAAUCUUAAGAUACACAAGCGGACGCAUACCGGAGGUGCAUGGCAAUAUCGAUGAGAAAUCUCCCUCACACGGCUACGAUAGCGACGGCGAUGAGUCCUCCUCCUCGAGCAUUGUGACCGGUGGCGCACAAACGCCACCAUCAGCGCGGCUAACUGGCGACAACCACAGCGGCAUCGGUAAUAAAUCCUCUCCGCAUUCCAUCAAAUCGGAACCGAGCAAUCACAGCAUCGGCGGCAUGCAUGGCGUCAUACAUUUGGGUGCAUCUAGCGGCGGCAGCAGCUCCACCAGCAGUUCACAUUUACAUCACUCACAUGCGCAUCAUGGCUCGGGCAGCGGUGGCGGCGGUAACAGUAGCGCGAGCAACAACAACAACCAUUCGACCAAAUCACCAGCACUUCAAUUGAUGGCCUCAUCGGCGGCAGCCUAUUUGGCACCACCACUCGGCCCACCACCAUCCUUGACGGCCGCCGGUACGCAUCAUCAUCAUCAGCAAGCGGGUUCGCCAAGCAGCAGCAAUGCUGCGGCCGCUUCGAUGCUUGUCACCGGGCAUCACAACCAUCAUCUGCUCUAUCAUCCGGCGGCGCAACACCAUCCGCCUAGCGAUUGGUAUCACACAGCAACGCCGCCGGCAGCCGCUGACGCAAUGAAUCCGUUGAAUCAUUUCGGUCAUCAUCAUCAUCAUCACCAUCUGAUGCAUCCGGGUGCGGCGACUGCCUAUUGAAAUUGGUGAGGUGGUCAAGAGUGGGUGCGGGUAAAAG